AUGGUCUAUCCCCUAACAGUUUUGGGUAUCAACUGUGGUACCAGCGUUGAUGGUGUGGAUAUAGUUGUCUCGCAGAUAGAGACCACCAAGAUAGAAGACGACCAGGUGGACCUUUCGGUGAAGGUGGUUUCCUACGAAGAGGCACCCAUUGGAGACGUUCUGAAAAACAGGAUCCUUCGUUGUUGCAUUGCGGGUAAUACCACAACAUCUGCUGAGUUGUGUGAUCUGAAUUUCGCGAUUGGAGAGGAGAUUGGAAACGACAUCAGGAAGGCUGAUGUUGACCUGUCCAAGAUCGACCUAGUGGCCUCCCAUGCCCAGCCCAUUUGGCACGAGCCCAGAGGAAAAGACAGAAAUUCGACUUUGGAGUUUGGUGAACCUGCGUCAAUUUCCUAUUUGUCAGGAAAGACCGUGGUGAGUGGAUUCAGGUCGAUGGAGGUGGCUGUUGGUAGACAGGGUGCUCCUUUGUGUGGGUUUUUGGAAUACGCCAUUCUGAGGAGCGACAAAGUCAUCAUCACCCAAAAUAUUGGUGGGAUCGGAAAUGCUUCUGUUAUAGAUCCUUUGCAUAAAUUCUACCAGUUUGAUACCGGUCCAGGUAACGUGCUGGUGGAUGCUGCCGUUCGCAUCAUCACCAACGGCAAGCGCGAAUACGAUGCCGGAGGAGAAAUGGGACUGAGAGGCGAAAAGGACAUAGAUCAGGAAACUGUUGACGAGGUUUUGUCCAAUUACUAUUUUGCUCUUAGCCCGCCAAAGACUACUGGAAGGGAACUUUUCAGUGACAAGAUGUCUGAGCAGCUGGUUAGAAAGCUCCAGGCCAAGGGUCUAAGUGAUGAUGCAGUUAUUGCUACCAUUACGCGUAUCACAGCCGAGUCCAUUGCUAAGUCAUAUGAUGACUUUGUAGUUCCACAGGUUCAGAAUAACAAGAUUGACGAAAUCUAUAUUUCUGGUGGUGGUGCUCACAAUGAAGCCAUUUUACAGCAUUUGAGGAACCGCUUCCCAGAAGCCAAAGUAGGUCUUUCGGGCUCUUUGCUCAACAUCACUGCCGAUUCCAAGGAGGCAGUUGCAUUUUCCGUUCUAGGAUAUUGUACUAUUAACGGUAUAAUGCCACCGGUUCCCAGAUUUGUCGAGACGGACAAAGAGGUAUUGCUGGGGAACAUCACUCCUGGUGACAAUAUCGUGGAGUUGUUUGGAAAGGUUCGUCCAACACGCUCUCAUCUUAGAUUGAGACGUAUUGAAAUAAUUUCGUGA